GGUUGGUGGGGGGGGGUAAGAGACGAAAGAGGAGGAGACGAAGAGGAGGAGAGACGAGACAGGAAAGGGGACGGCGACGACGGCGACGGCACGAGACGGGCAGUGAGGCGGGAUCGACCAACCCAACUUCGGCGGCUCCCACCGACAUGGAAGCCGUACAGCAAGGUCUGCUGGACCCGGACACGAUGCAGGAGGUGGCGGUGGACCCUGUGCCCGCGCAGGACGGCGCUUGUAGCGUGAGCAGUGCGGAGCGGGAAGAGCUGGAGGCGGAACUGGCCAAGGUGGAGGAGGAGAUCUCCACGCUGCGCCAGGUGCUAACGGCCAAGGAGCGGCACGCGGCCGAGAUCAAGCGCAAGCUGGGCCUGAGCCCUCUCAACGAACUGCGCACCAACCUAAGCCGUGGGUGGCAGGACAUGCAGGCCACCAACGCGUACAAGAAGACCCAGGAGACGCUGACGGUGGCCGGUCAAAAGACCACCUCCGUGCUGUCCAACGUGGGCUCGGCCAUCACCCGCAAGUUGGGAGACAUGAACGACUUGUAUCUGCGUCUGCUCGUGCCGAGAUCACAUUCUUUUAGCUACUCAUCCAUCCGUCACUCGAUUAGCAUGCCUGCCAUGAGGAAUUCGCCGAGCUUCAAGUCGUUUGAGGAACGAGUCGAGAACACCGUCACCACCCUGAAGUCCAAGGUAGGUGGAGAAGGCCAGGCGAGCAGCAACUUCGAGGAGGUGUUGAGUUCUACAGCCAGCGCCAGCGGGCACGACGCCAGCAACCGAGACUGAAUCAACACCAGCGCCGCCACCCGCUUACACUACCCGCUACACUACACGCCGACACAUGCCGCUGCACCAGCUCCCACUCCAGCACUACACCUGCAGCCCCAGGCACUGUUGCACCACACAGUGGAAUGCUCGGCUUUUAAAAGGCCAUAUACACCGUAACAUCAAAACUGUUGACCAUUGUGUACAAUUGCACAUCCUUAAACUCAUCUGGAUUCCCAAGCACGGGGCAAGCAGCAAGCGCGUGUCGUGCAUCUGGCCUCCGAGUGCACAGAUAAGGGCCAUUACAUAAGACUAUGGUGCUCUUUGAGGACAGGGAUGAGUGUACUGGCUGGACAAAAGUGAGCACGCUUGCGCUGCUAAAGUCCACAUCGUUAUCAACAGCCAUGGUCAAUCCACUGCUGGAUGAAGGCCUCCCUAAGCCGGCGGAGACCAUUUGCAUGCCACGCACACACGCGACUCGGAAAUAAUUUAUUCCUACGCACAUGAUGAAUUGAUGCUUUGUGUUGCAAGCGUAAGAAUCCAUGUUACUCCUGAGAAUCGAUGCAUUAUUAGCUGCCUAUCGUUCAUCCACUGAGUGCUGGAGUGGGUCAUGUGCCCCCCCCUCCCCCCCUGCGUGGCAGAUGGUGCAGUACAUUUUCACACCUUGGGGGGGGGGGGGGGGGGGCAGGCGUUGCUGGGAAAUGUUGAGCAAUGCACAAGCUUGGGGAUUCUGAAACGGCUCGGUAGAUGGCGCUAGUUAUCCAUUUCACAUGGGGUGGUGGUAGGGGGUGUGACAAUUUCAGAUCUAGUUUAAAAAAACAGUUUAAAGAACGAGGAUUGUGAAGAGUACGCAAGGACUCCACUGGCCUGACGAUGGAGAAGGGCAAUUGUGGGGGUUUCCAUGCGUUGUUUAUUCCCAUUGAGUUAAACGUUUCCUAUCGAGAACAUUCGACGGGGUGAAAUGUUUCACUCCGGGGGGCAGCGCGGUGGGUUCGCGCACACUGCACUGUGGGCCCAGCAACCUGAAUUUGAUUCGUGGCCGUGGAGAGCGUCAGUGGAGAGUCAGAUCUGAGACAAUUACUGAUCUACCCCCAACCCCCCGGGGGCCUCCACCCACGUCACCAACACUAACCCUGGGCCCCCAUUAACAAUUACAGUCGAACAGCCUCCAUUGACUGGCGGAGCGUGUUUAGGAGGAGGCCCUCGUCCAGCAGUGGAUGGACGAAGGCGGAUGUAAAUGUUAUUUUUUUGGAGGGAUGUAAAUGUUGGGUGGAAAUCCGACAGGUGUUUUUCAUUUCCCCGUGGCCACACAACCGAGUAGGCUCGUUGAUAAGGAUUUUGGUUUCGUUUGUGCCGUGUUGUUUUCAAGUUCUCGUCCACUGGCCUAAUGAUCGCUGUGGAGGUUUUCGGUUUAUGAUGGAUGGAAGUGUUGGUUUAUUGUAUGUUACAAUGUAUUUACAUUUCUACACCAAGCAAAAAAGAAACAUCACCAAAGUACAUAUAGUCUCGUUAAAGGUUCCAUCUUUCCAUUGAGCAAAACAUGCCGUAUCGUUUUGUAAUUUCUUAAACUUCUCUGUGUUGCUAGUUUUUACGUUUCGCGUUUAACUCGCAGUGUAAACGGAGACGCCUCUGCAUGCAAAACCAGAUUCGUUCGUAGUGGAAUGCCUAACUCCGCACUUGAGUUACCUUGUGGGUCUGAUCUUUGGUGGACGCACCGUCUGGCAAAAAAAGAAUGAGAUGGGCAAUUAGUGCUACUGCGUAGGGGUUUCCCCCCUCCCGAAGAUCGGCUGUGCAGCUGCUCGACGCAUUGUCGGGUGUGUACCGCGUCUUGAUCGGCACGAUGUCCGACGUUUCGCUUGCCGUGUUGGGAGCUUCUUCAAUGAACCGAACGGUUCAGCAACUGGACUCGCUAUAAAUGCUCCCCCCCCCCCCAUGCACUUUGCAGCAAAACGUCGAGCGUCGCGUGGCUUAACACGCAGUAACCAGAAAACAUCGGAGAAGCAAUCCUUGGAGUACACGUAACAAACACAACCACUGCCACACUUUAAAAAAGGCAACACAAGCGAUUUCGAUCCGCGUCGCAUCGCGUUCAGCCUGAUGGCCCCCACUGGGGCAUAUUGAAGGGGCUUGACCAAUGGCGUAGUGACCACGUUAUCAGCUCAGGGGGGUGUGGGGCAAUCGGUCAGCGUGUGGCCCCAAUAUUUGAGUUGUCUCGCACCUCGGCUAUUAUACAGGGCGCUUAAAAAAAAUGUGAGCACUCACAUGGGACUAUCGUUUUUAAUUGAAAAAGAACACUCUAACAUGAACACAAAUGGAAUGUUAAUAGCUUCAAAAAGUCAGUCUCCCACUUGCGCGCCAUCGUUGUCAACACGUGGCCUGGAAUCUUCUCCAGGUGGUCUCCAGAGCCUGGAGGUGGCAGCACAUGUCACGUGGUGUUGUUGCAAAUUCUUAGAAGUGUUCACAUUGGGUUUUUUUAAUCACCCCCUGUAUAUCGCGGCUCCUAAUCGCAUUGUUGUGCUCAGGGUCUCGAACAUUUAACGCUGUAGGGGCGAUCCGUUUCUGAAAAAUGCAGCAACUACACCUAUGUCGUAUAGUAGUACCUCUGCGAUUUUACAUCACUGCUCCUAAUUAAAAUAAAAUACAACGUGGAACGUAAAUGAAAGCAUUUUCAUAAAUAAAAAAUUAAGCCGCGUCAUAAAUAAUUGGUGUGUUCUUUGACACUGUUGUUGAAACCAUCUCACGGUGGUUGUAAAGGGGACCCCAACUCGUAACUUUGGCCACCAGGAGGCAGGGAGGGGGGGAAGCACCCUGCCCCCACGCAAGUCGCGCGACUGGACUUGAUGACUCGAGUCUCCCAUCUCGCACACAAGCCACCCACACACAACCCACACACAACCCACACAACCCACACACACAACCCACACCCACAACCCACCCACACACAACCCACAUCUACACACAACCCACACAACCCACACACAAGCCCCACACACACAACCCACAUGCACACAAACACGCGAACUUUAUUAGCAGUCGAGGGGCCACAUAGGACUCCCCCCCCCUCCCCCUCAUUGGGCCAUUUCGCACGAGCGUUAUUCAUGUCGACUUUACAAGAACGUCGGGGGUUUUACUGCCGUGGUGGAACGGUUGGCACCACCCGACUUGCAAAUCUCAAAGCGGUCGUCGGUCAGAGCUUCGUUCCCCCGACGUGGCAGUGGAAACAAUGACGCCAGUUUUUUUGUUGUUUCUCUUUUUUGCAUCCCCACCUGCGUCUGUUGCACCCAGCAGUGUAAAUGGGUCGGCAGGUCGCGUGAUGUCACGUGUGGUACACCCAAGGAGCCGUCCCUCGGGUACGGCGAAAUCGGGGCGAUUGCCCCGGGCCCCCCCCCCCCCCGCGCUUCCACAAGAUGCAAUACUUUCUGUGUGAUUUGCCCCGGGGCCACCGCACCCCCCACCUCCCGUCCUAUAGACCACCCUGAGUGCACCCACUUCCCGUCCUAUAGACCACCCUGAGUGCACCAACCUCCCAUCCUAUAGACCACCCUGAGUGCACCCACCUCCCAUCCUAUAGACCACCCUGGGUGCACCAACCUCCCGUCCUAUAGACCACCCUGAGUGCACCCACCUCCCAUCCUAUAGACCACCCUGAGUGCACCCACCUCCCGUCCUAUAGACCACCCUGAGUGCACCCACCUCCCAUCCUAUAGACUACCCUGAGUGCACCCACUUCCCAUCCUAUAGACUACCCUGAGUGCACCCACCUCCCGUCCUAUAGACUACCCUGAGUUCACCCACCUCCCAUCCUAUAGACCACCCUGAGUGCACCCACCUCCCGUCCUAUAGACCACCCUGAGUGCACCCACUUCCCAUCCUAUAGACUACCCUGAGUGCACCCACCUCCCGUCCUAUAGACUACCCUGAGUGCACCCACCUCCCGUCCUAUAGACUACCCUGAGUUCACCCACCUCCCGUCCUAUAGACCACCCUGAGUGCACCCACCUCCCGUCCUAUAGACCACCCUGAGUUCACCCACCUCCCGUCCUAUAGACCACCCUGAGUGCACCCACCUCCCGUCCUAUAGAUGACCCUGAGUGCACCAACCUCCCAUCCUAUAGACCACCCUGGGUGCACCAACCUCCCGUCCUAUAGACCACCCUGAUUGCACCCACCUCCCAUCCUAUAGACCACCCUGAGUGCACCCACAUUCCAUCCUAUAGACGACCCUGAGUGCACCCACUUCCCAUUCUAUAGACGACCCUAGGUGAACCCACCUCCCGUCCUAUAGACGGCACCCACCUCUUCCAUAGGCGUUCGGCGAGGGAGGGAGAGAGAAGGUCAAAUACCACUCAUGAGCUCCGUGCAGGAAACGUCAUUCUUGUGGAAGUGUCGUGGGCUCGCGAUUGCAGGGCUGCGCCUUUGUCUACGUGCGUCGACUCGCCGUGUCGACUGGAAGCUGUCGACGUAAGCUGUGGAGAUUUGUUUUUCGGGUCGAGAUCGUGUUUAUGCAUCGAUGUUCUUCUAAAGUUGACACAAAUAUCCGCGCGCGAAGACCACGUGUGUGUCCCCCCCCCCCCCCCAUUGGCAGGUAGAAUACUUUGUAACUGACAACGCCGAUCCCCACGCUCUAUAUUUUAAUGUUUGAUAACGUGUGCUGGUAGAGCAGUAUUUGCAAAUUUCGUAAUAAAUCUAGCAGACCGAUAUUCGUCUGCCCGCCGCG